UGGCUGGGGGAGGGGGAGGGUCCUCCUCUCCCUCCCCCGGGGCUGCUCCACCCGCCGGCUGGCCCAGCCCCUCCAGUGGUGCCAAGGAAUGUGCCUGGGCGAGGCAGGAGGGGCCGCGGGGCCGCAGCCACCCGGAGGCAGAGCCCAGGUCACGGGUGGAGGUGCCGGGCCACCAUGCUCAGUCUCAAGCUGCCCCAGCUCCUCCGAGUCCACCAGGUCCCUCGGGUGUUCUGGGAGGACGGCAUCUUGUCUGGCUAUCGCCGCCCCAGCAGCUCGGCCCGGGACUGCGUCCUCAGCUCCUUCCAGAUGACCAACGAGACGGCCAACAUCUGGACUCACUUCCUGCCCACCUGGUACUUCGUGUGGCGCCUGCUGGCGCUGGCGGGGGCUCCGGGCUUCCGGGCGGAGCCGUACCACCGGCCGCUGCUCGUCUUCCUGCUGCCCGCCUGCCUCUACCCCUUCGCGUCGUGCUGCGCGCACACCUUCAGCUCCAUGUCGCCCCGCGCGCGCCACAUCUGCUACUUCCUGGACUACGGCGCGCUCAGCCUCUACAGCCUGGGCUGUGCUUUCCCCUACGCCGCCUACUCCAUGCCGGCCUCCUGGCUGCACAGCCGCCUGCACCGGCUCUUCGUGCCUGCUGCCGCGCUCAAUUCCUUCCUGUGCACCGGCCUCUCCUGCUACUCCCGGUUCCCCGAGCUGGAGAGCCCUGGGCUCAGUAAGGUCCUCCGCACGGCCGCCUUCGCCUACCCCUUCCUGUUUGACAACCUCCCUCUCUUCUACCGGCUCGGACUGUGCUGGGACAGGGGCCCCGGCUGCGGGCAGGACGCGCUGAGCGCCAGCCACGGCUACCACCUGCUGUGCGCCCUGCUCACUGGCUUCCUCUUCGCCUCCCACCUGCCCGAGCGGCUGGCCCCGGGACGCUUCGACUACAUCGGCCACAGCCACCAGCUCUUCCACAUCUGUGCCGUGCUGGGCACACACUUCCAGCUGGAGGCCGUGCUGGCUGACAUGGGAUCUCGCCGAGCCUGGCUGGCCACGCAGGAGCCCCCCGUGGGCCUGGCAGGCACGGUGGCCGUGCUGGGCCUGGCGGUGGCCGGGAACCUGCUCAUCAUUGCUGCCUUCACAAGCUCCCUGUUUCGGGCCCCCAGCACCUGCCCCCUGGUGCAGGGCGGCCCCCUGGAGGGGGGUAUGAAGGCCAGACAGCAGUGAGACCCCAUCUCUGAGCCUGCCCUGGGGGAAGGCGGAGGCCAGGCCUUGGUGCUGGGGAGGAGCCCAGCCCUGAUGGGCGGGGCACAUGGAAGCCUGGAGCGAGAGCGGCUGCGGAGAGAGGGCAGAGGAGCCGAAAGGGCCAGGGCGCUGCUGCCGGCGGCAAGCAAGAGGGGCAGCGACGGUGAGCUCAGCGGGGCCGGGGAAGUGCUGAGGGUCGGAGAGGAGCAGCGCGAGUGCCAGGCCGCAGCUGAAGGCUGGCGACGGGGAGGUGCUGAGGCCCUGACACCUGGUCCCGCUUCUGGCUGCGAGUCUCUCCCAAGCCCGGGGAAGCACUAACAGGACUAACCUAGACCCCCGACCCCGCUCGGCCUGCAGACCCAU